AUGGAUUGGCUAAAUGUCAACAUUCCUAAUUGUGGAACUUUAGGUUUUAUUGAUCCUGCAUUGUCAAAUGGAAGUACACAAUUCAAUUAUUCCUGUGACAUUUACAGUUUUGGUAAAACUGUCAUGCAAUUCAUCUUGGGAAAGAAAUUCAAUCCUUCUUAUUAUGAUUCUGAUCUUGAGGAAAUGAUUAAGGAAGCUGGAAUUUCAAUUAAUUUAAGUUCAUUGAUUCAUAGAAUGAUUGACCCAGAUCUAUUGGAAAGAAUUCAACUUGAAAUGGUUUUGGAAAUUGCUAGGGAAAAUCUCCAACCUAAAAAACAGUUUCGGCCACAAUCAAUAGGUGUAAUGGUAGAGAGUCCAAGUGCUAAAUCUCAAUUUCGUCCAAUCAAUAAGUUUCGAAACCACCAAGUACAAAUUCUGAAUUUGGUAUUUUUCAUUGUGCUUCCCAUGUUUCAAAUAAUCGUUGUUUGUAUUAGAACUUGA